AUGGCACCUCUGACGCCGCCCUGGCAACUGUACUCUUCACUCGAAAGCGAAGAGAAAUGCAUGGGCAGCUCUUAUGGAACCGGAAGGUUUCCUCUGCGCGUCACGAAAUCGCAAUUCACAUCAACGACGACACGAAUGAGCCCAGCAGAAUGCCAGUCCAUAUGUGGUUGUAAUAAUGCGCUGCACUGUCUAAAAGGACGCGGUUGUGAGGAAAAGAAGAGAAGGAAGAAACAUCGUGAAAAUUUUGGCCCGAUGUAA